ACUGCCCAUGCCCCCUAGCACCGGCUUAAGCGAAGAAAAACCGAAGAAAAGUCGUGAUACCUGUGUAAAGCUUUGAUUUAAGUCAAUUUGUAUUAUACUUCUAUAUGCAUAUGGACAUAAACGUAGUUUUAAUUUCAAUCGAAGUUUGAAAAAUCGCGGUACACUAUUGAUUAUCGAGUUUUUAAAUGUUAAUACACUUUUACUAUUUAUAACUUUUAAGUAUGCUAAGGUAUAAACAAGAGUAUAAGCUGUUUUAUAAACAUAAAUGUAGACCUAUACAUGAUUUAAUACAAUAUAACGGAGGGAUAUGGCGGAAUAUGACCAUCUCUUCAAAGUUAUACUCGUUGGUCAUAUCAAUUCUGGAAAGACCUCGUUAAUAAAAAGAUUCAUCGACGAUGAAUUCAAUGAUUCCUUUAAAGCGACUACAAGCGUCGAAUUUCGCGAGAAGACUUUAGAACACCAAGGACGCUAUAUUAAACUCCAAAUAUGUGAUACCCCAGGACACGAGGGAUUAAAUUCUAUAACCACUGAACAUUACAGAGGAUGUCAUGGCGUAAUGUUUGUAUUUGACGUCACAGAUCAAGCGUCAUACGACCGAGUAUUCGACUUGAUCAGAGAUGUUGAGCGGUACGCACCAAAAAAUGUAUCAAGAUUGAUGGUAGGCAACAAAUGCGACAUGACAGUUGUGAGAUGUAUCACUGAAGAAGAAGCAACUUCAGACGCAAAAUUUCACGACAUGAACUAUAUAGAUACGUCUGCUGAAGAAAGGAUAAAUGUGUCACAGGCUUUUACGUCACUUUGUGAAAGAAUGUUAAAAAGAAUGUCUAGGCAAGCUGCUGGGAAGAGUUCAAAGAGCGUUACGGCAAAUGGGUUGGCUGAUGUAAGUGAUAAACCAAAGAAAAACGGCCACGAUAAAAAAGACGGUGACGUUCCCAAAUGGGCUGGGAAACUUAUCAACGAAAUGAGUGAAAUGAAAGAACAACUCAAAAAUGUUCAUCAUCUCGAAGCUACUGGAGAAACGUUGUGUAAAAAGGUGGAAGAACUUGAAACAAAAGUUAACAGAUUACAGACAAGAAAAGUUAACUUCAAAGCGGCACAAUCAAAAAGUGUUACAAACUGAUUUAUUUUUAUGAGUUAAGUAUAUACUCGUUCAUGAAAUUAUAUGUUAAUUUGUCAUUAUGAUGAACAUAACGCAACGAUUAAUAUGCAUAAAUAACAGAUAGGGGCUGGUGUGGAUGAUUGUGGUCAAAAUAACUUUUAAAAUUAGCGUAAUAUACACUAGAAUAACCUAUCUAUUUGCUGUUUUCACCCCGAAGAUGUUCACCAUUUAAAUGUCUGUUUUGAAUCAACACAGAUUUGUACAGUUACUCAUUAAUUUUAAACACAGCCGUACUAUAACAACUCGUUUUCGUGCUACAAUGAAAAAAUGACCUAUUUAGUUACAUAUUUUGUUAAUAUUUUUAGAGUUAAUUACUAAUGAUUUGAAAUAUAUACGUGUUUGCAGAUAUGCUUAAGAAAACUUGUCUCUCAAUGAUAUAAUUGAGUAAUAUAUCUAUCACUAACUUUAGUAAAAAUAAACUCUAUAAUUAUUAGAAAAGAUUGCGCAUGUAUUAUAAAAAAGUAUUAUACCAUUCAAUAUAAGUAAAAAUUGUGAGAGGUCCGUAAGACACAACACCGAAAAAAAGUCACCAUUGCCGAGUAUAAUGAUAGUGGCAACAAUAAGCAAGUGAACAUUUUUUUCUUCAUUUUUUCAUUUCUGUGCACUUGCAGAUAGUAGUUACUUCAUUGUAAUAAAUAUUACGUCAAAUUGCUAGUAAUCUUGUUUAAAACAUUAAUCAUCACUCCUUAAUAACAAAUACCCUUCUGAAGCAGUAUCGGUUUAAUCGACACAGGAAAGAUGAUUUUUGGCCAACCUCGUGUAUUUAAAGCAACAGAACGGGACAAAACCUAUCUCAUCUGUUGGAGCGAUGAGAUGCAUAGACUAAAGUGAAGUAGCCUCUUACAAUCUCGUAGGAAUAAACGAUGGAUGCAAUUCUUGCACCUUACCCUUAAAGGCAUCAACCGAACCUCAAUGGGCAUGUUGUUGAACAAAAAUAUUUCUUGAUUUUUUUUAAUGCUAUUUUGUCAAAUUAUUCAAAUUACUGUGAAACUCAUUGCCAAAAAGUCUUAUUAAAUACGAAAAUCAUUCAACUAUGUAUCAAUAAACAUUAGCAUUGAUUCAAAAUAAUAACAUUUAACACGAAUUUACAUAUUUGUAACAUUUGUAGUAAGGAUUUCCUAUAUGGUUCACUAUAUAACACGUUACUUUCGAGUAGACAAUAAAUUCCAAAAGAACAAUGUUAACCAUGUUUGUAUAACCCUUUGUAAUGAAAUAUGACCUAACUUCCUACGAGUAAUGACAGUUUUUAUAUAGACUGAUCAACAAUAUAGAUAUGUUUUCAUAAACAGAUAUCGUAACGAUUUACAUUAAUGCGUAACAUCUAUUUAUAGGUUAGGUUAUUAAAAUCUAUCGGCUAUUUUAUAUAAAUUAGUGCUUUAUACAAAUUUAUUGUACACAUAAUGUAUGCGAUCGGAAUUUACCAAUAUUCUGAAAAAUAACGCGGUUUUAGAUAUAUUUAUCUAAUGUU